GUCACGUGACAGUAGGACAAUAACAACACAGUGGGGCUGGAGGAACGGGAAAGUCCCUGCGGAGACCCGAAUCCUUACAGAACAGAGAAAAACAUUGAUCCUUUCACAUUAGCAUUGAUUUGAUAUCAAAAUCGGGGUUGUAUGUGUCGUCUAUAUUUGGAUCGAUCCGCCCACUACUACCAAACAGCAGGCCGACCGUUGGGCGACCUGCAGAAAUGUCGUCGGUUGUAGUUUUCUUCUCCCUCCCGAUGUUGGUGGCUUCUGCGUUGAAAGAGGUUUGUGCGAGGCCUGGACAAGAUGCCACUCUUCAGUGUUGGGGUCCCAGAGAUGCACACAUCACCCUGCUGGAGUGGAGCAGACCGGAGCUCAUCUCACAGGGUUAUGUGUUCUUCUUCCAAGACCAGCGCUCGUACGAGAACUACCAGCACGAGUCCUUCAAAGGCCGAGUGCAGCUGAGAGACUCAUCCAUGAAGGAUGGAGAUGUUUCUGUGAUUGUGAGGAACGUCAGCAUCAGCGAUACAGGAACAUACGAGUGUCAGAUUACAACCAGCAGCACCAGAAAUGGCGAGAGAGUCGUCAAAGAGUUCAAGCACUCCAUCAGCCUCACAGUCACAGAGUCUGUUCAGAUAAACAUCACAGCUGGACAGAACGUCACUCUGCCAUGUCAAGCUCCAAAUAUCAACAGCAAUUCCAAGGCAGUUGUAAAGUGGAGCAGAGCUGACCUUGGAAAACAUUAUGUUCUUUUGUAUCGGGAUGAACAGGUUGAUCCAGACGAGCAGCAUCCAUCUUUUAAGAACCGGGUGGAUCUGCAGGACACACAGAUGAAGGAUGGAGACGUGUCUCUGAUUCUGAAGCAUGUCACGACCGCUGAUAGUGGAACAUACGAGUGUCGUGUCUUCAGGAGAAGAACAAAUCGCAGGAAGAGAGCUCAUCUGGAGACUGACCCCAUCAGCAUCAUCAGUCUAAGUGUUGAUCCUCCAGGUCAGACAGGAGGAGACACAGGGGAUGGAGUCAGUAGAGGACAUGCUGGACUGGUGGCGGCUUUGUCACUCUUUGCUGUGAUUGCUGCUUUGGCGAUCUUUAUAAAACUAAAACCUCCUCCUAAAACCCUUACAGAAGAUAUUUAGUCUAUUAACAUUUUUUACUGUAUUUUUCACUAUAUUUUAUACAUAUUUUGUUGGGGUUUUUUUUUUACUAUCUUUUACUGUACUGUACUGCUGAGUGACUGUCUUCUGCUCGUCAAAUACAUUUCAUUGCAAUGUAGACCCUGUGCUUACUUGCAUAUGUGUCAAUAGAAAAUUGUCAGUAUAAUCUUUUAAUAAUAUAAGUUUGCAUAUGAUAGAAUACUGAAUGAUGACCUCUUUAUAACUCAGACUGUUAUGAUUCACUGUGACUUGUUAUCAUGCAGGGAAGGAGCAGUACCUGCUAGAUAAGAGCUUAAUAAGCAGUUUCACUUUGUACCAGGUAGAGGAGCCUCUCCUGGCACACACACACACACACACACACAUAUCCGCACAUGCUCACGCAUCAACAUUCCACUGAACAAACGUAUUCACUGUUGUAUUACUCUUCUUGUGUAUAAAUAAAGACCAGGGCAGUGGCAGAGCGCGAGUCUGAAGAAGUGUCUUAGAGUACAUCUCUUGACAAUAUGACAAAUAAAACUGAAACUGAACUGAGAA